AUGAUCAGUGGAGGUCCACUGACUCCAACCUACAGAUUUACUCAAUUACAUUUUCAUUGGGGUGUUAAUGACUCAUUGGGUAGUGAAGACCUCAUCAACAACCAUAGUUAUACAUCAAAAUUACCUAACCCUGGACAAACUAUACAUGGUAAACAAUUUACUUUAGACUUUGGUGGUAAGGGAGCAAACCAAUGUAUUGCUGCACAGAAACUUGGAGCUGAUACUGUAUUUAUUGGCUGUGUGGGAACAGACAUUUUUGGUAUAGAUAUUAUAAGUAAUUUUGAACGAUGGGGUGUAGAUACUCAAUUUAUAACAAAAAAAUCAGUUGAUACAGGAGUAGCUCAGAUUAAUGUUACUGAUAACGGUGAAAAUUAUAUCAUUAUAGUGGCUGGAGCUAACGGAACAUUACAAAAAGAGGAUGUGGAUAAAGCGCGUGAUUUAUUACUCAAUAAGACUAGUGUUGUACUAUUUCAAUUUGAAACACCACUAGAAACAACAGAAUACAUACUUAAUGAACUUUCUACAGCCAACAGGAAAUGUUGUAAAAUUGUAAAUGGUGCUCCAGCUUAUUCAAAUUCUUAUCAAAAUAUACUUAAAUUGGCUGAUAUAUUUUGUGUUAACGAAUCUGAGGCAGAAAUUUAUACAAAUUGCAUAAAGAAAAUUGAUUGUAUUGAAUCAGCUAAUGAGRUUUUAUCAUUACUCUUAAAACAAGGAUGUAAAAUUGUAAUUAUUACGUUAGGAUCUCUAGGUGCUGUAUUUGCAUCCAAAGAUGAACAAAAACCACAGUGGGUUCAAGUACCUAAAAUAGAAAAUCCUACUGAUACUUCAGGAGCUGGAGAUGCAUUUUUGGGAUCUCUAGCUUAUUUUAUUGUUCAUACCCCAAAGUUGAGUUUAUAUGAACAAAUUAGAAGAGCAUGUAUUAUAGCUACUAAGACAGUUCAAUUUCAAGGAACUCAGAAAAGUUAUCCUUUAAAAAAUGAUUUACCUGAAGAACUUUUCAAUUAAAAAUGUAUGCAUGCAUUAAAUAUGUGGUAGUACUUAA